AUGUCGUCUCCUGAGCCUUCCCCCCUCUUCUCCCUUGUUCCCCAGAACCACAUUGCAGAAAACUGCAUCGAAGAACUCGGAUACCAACCAUAUGUCUCCGAAUUCGCGAAUGCCAAUGGAAAGAACCGAGUUCUUUGUGUCAAAUUCAACCCCGCGAGCGCUUCCGGCCUGGAGCCAAACUUGCUCGGAAACCACCGGUUUAUGCUGAACAUGAAAACUGGAGAGGUUUUGCUUGAAGACUUCUCUGGUGGCGAUGCUUUUAGGUUCACUGGACCGUCUGCCCUCGACUUCCCCAACCCUCCGCAUCCUCGCAGACUCAUCGUGGAUUGUAACACCAACCUUGAGUUUGAAUGCACUGAAGACUCUGGCAGUUGGAGCAAAUGGAGGAUCUUCUGGCACCAGGAACGGCCCGUGGACGUCCUCCUCUGGGAGCGCGAAUCGACGCAUCCAAGAACUGGAGUGGUGUCCAUCUUGACCAAUGGCGAUGGGUGUGAGGUCUGCCCAGGAUACAACAAGACCCCUGAGUCUAGCGAUGACUUGAUCCGCUAUGUCGACCGGAGCCAGUACUUUGGAUCAAAGUUCGGCGCUCCUCAAGCGGCUGUUGAUGUUGGCACCGGCCAGCAUCUGGCUGUCAAGACAGUCACGUACCCAUUCAAGAUUGAAGCCCGUCGCUCUCUGCUGGACAGAGUCAUCAGAAGCUGCAAUCUAUCACACCCACACAUCAUUGCCUUCUUCCAAGUCCAAGAAACCCCUGACAGCAUCAACAUCAUCAUGCCUUUGAAGGAUGACAGCCUCCUUGGGCUUAUACAGCUGCACCAGAACGGCCCCGGCCUCUUUGAGAGACCCAUUGAGAUCCGCCCCCUAGGCCGACUUCUCUUGGGCGAAAUGCUUUCGGCUCUUGAUUACCUGGGGCACGAGGGCGUGGUUCACCGAAACAUUUGCCCCAGGAACAUCCUCGUGAACGGCUCGAGAGAGAGGGAGAACUUCCAUUUCUACCUGUCCAACUUUGAAUACGCAAGCUUCAAAGACACAUUCCCAGACCCCGAUAACCCUUGCUUCAAGGCACCAGAGACAUGCGGUCUGACGACCGCCGAAGAGUCACCUCGGACGGACAUUUGGGGUCUAUGCGCAACAAUGGCAUAUUUCCUCAGUCGCGACUUCCGAGACAUUGUCAGCAGCAAACCUUCAGAGGAUGUUGUUGCCAAGGCCGUGCGUGGCGCGUCUAUGAUGCUCUUCGGGCUGGGAGGGAUGGGAGAAUUGGACGCCAACGAUCGCCCAUCGGCACGACAAAAGUUGGAGGAAGUUUUCGGCGAGGUUGUUGAAGGUUGA